GCUAGUGCAACCUUCACAAUGGUUGCCACGUCCUCCCCCGCCGCCACCAGGAGAAAGUCUGUUGCAGUUGCAGGGCCCUCGCAGCAGCCACAUCCUGGCAGGAGACGACGCGUUCAUUCGAUAGCGCCGGGUGAUCACCUCAGCCCGGGUUCGAAAGCGCGCCGGUCGCUCGUUCCUCGCAAGAGUAUCCUCAAAGCCUCGAUCAACUUUCCAGACGACACGGACGAUGGUACACAGUCCAUGGAACUGACACGCGAAUACCGCGCCGACCUGCACGAUAAUACCACCCGCAAGUCCUUUGGCAGGCGCGUCAGCUUUGCAAAUCACGCCCACGUUCGCCUCUUCGAGGUCCCAGAGCACAAUACCAACAGCACCGGCACUCCCCAGUCUUCACCCGCUCAAGAGGCCGAAAGCCCAUCCAAGAGGCCUCAAAACGAUGAGAACGCGUAUCCUGGCGCGGGUGCCUUCCGUAGGCGUAGCUCAACCAGGCGAUCUCUCGCUUUCAGCGAUGGCGAAGGCGAGGCCUCCAUGGACAUGGAUCUCGACUCGAGCGGUUUGGGUCCCGCAGCAUUCUUCGAUAGGGGUGAGGAUCCUAUCUCAGAUGACUUCGAGGAUGAAGACGAGGACUUCCUGGGCGCCGAUGAAGACAUGGAGAUAACUGAAGCCAUUCAACAGAGUAUCCUUCGCAAGCGAUCUCUUUCCCUUGGUCGUCAGCCGCUGGCUAACUUGGGUACGCAUGACGAACCCGGGUCGCCCGAGCCUCUGGAAGAGCAGGAUGACCUGCAGCCGGAACAGGAGGAGCAGCCUCCGGAAGAGGAACCAUCCUACCUUGAAGGUGACUCCGGUCAGUCUCAGUCGUUUGUGUCAGAGGGAGGAGAUACGGAUUCCGGCUCGCAACCAAUGGAGUUCACAGUUCCUUUGGACAAACCUCCCCCGCCUCCCAGUGAAGCAUGGCUUGCCUUGCGCUCUGUGACUCACUCAGGGGACACACCUUACGAGCCACCUCAAUCAGACGAUGAUGGUGAGCAGGAGAUGGACCUGACUUCUGCGGUGUCUCGUCUCCAAGCUGCUCGAGAUUCGAUGGGCAUGGGUGCGAAUGAUGGUCAGCAGGAUGACAGCUUCACCAGCACCGAAGACAGCUUCCAGGGCAACGAGGAGCCUGAAGCCGCAAGCGAGGGUAAUUAUACCAUCAACGUCACACAGCUCAUGCGCAGAGUGAGUAUUGGCCCCGGUCAGUCGGAGGGAGGCAACUCGACGAUGGACAUCAGUGGCACGUAUGAUGCACUAGCUGCAUCGGAGGACAUCGAGGGGGAGGAAGGAGAGGUGGGUAUUGAUGAAUCCACCUCUGCAGCCUCGCCCGAGGCAUCUCAAUCUGCACUCUCGCCACAAGAUAAGCCUACUGCUCCCCAGGAACCGCGACCCAAUGUCUUCAGUGCACCAUCGGCAUCUAGCGGUUCUCAAACUAGGCCACCAAAUACAACCGCUCCCAAGCCCUUCAACUUCUCCACUCGAUCACCUGCACCCCCUUCGCCCGCCAAACCGACGUCCCGUCCCACUUCGCCCACCAAACCGACAUCCCGCCCUGCCUCCCC